AUGCAGAAAGAAUCUAGUGAAGAUGUUGAUACGCAGAACGUCAAUGUGCGUAAACCCUAUAAAAAACGCCAAAAAGCAAAGAAGUCUCGAGAUGUACUUAACAGUUUACAGGAUGAUGCUUCGAAGACUUCAAUCAAUUCUCAAAUUUAUUCGACUAAGAGAAUAGAAUUUGAUGACUUUGGAGAGAUAAAAAGUUUAUACGCUGCAGAUAACUGGGAUCUUUCUGAUUGUACUCGCAGGUCGAAAAAGCGUUCAGGAUACGUCACUUUUACAAACAUAUGUGCCGAACAGAGAUUUACACCGAAAUCUGGAGUCUCAAACCUUGAGAAUACUGAUAUAUCCCACACUUCAGAAGAUGAGUUAGAAUCCGUACGUGAAAUACCGAUCAAACAUGAAAAGAAUCAGCAUUUAGAAGUGACAAUCUACAGUUUUCCUAAUAACUAUGAGACUGUUGUGAAGUAUUGGUAUGAUACGUUUCAGAAACUUCAUUUACUCACCAGAAUAACUAAAAACCAGGAAGGUGCCAAUAAUUAUUGUUCAGUAAUUGAACAAAUACCUUUAUUCACUGCAACUGAAAGAGCGUCAAAUAACACAUCAUUACAUGAAGAACAAAUGGAAAACUGUCAAUAA